AUGGAGGAGCACUACAUUUCCAAACUCCACCCGGUAGUGGAUUAUGGAGCUGGGGUCUUUCUUCUGAUCGUAGCCAUCCUGACAACUUUUGAAAAUUCAGCCGUCCUUGCUACAGCUCUGAAACUCUCUUCCCUCCUGAAGUCACCGGAGCUGCUUACGGUCAACUUGGCGGUAGCAGACAUUGGAAUGGCAAUCAGCAUGUACCCGCUGGCCAUUGCAUCCGCCUGGAAUCACGCUUGGCUGGGAGGAGAUGCGUCCUGCAUAUAUUAUGCCCUGAUGGGUUUUCUUUUUGGUGUCUGCAGCAUGAUGACACUGUGUGCCAUGGCCGUGAUUCGAUUCCUUGUUACCAAUUCAUCCAAAUCUAACAGUAACAAAAUCACCAAGAACACCGUUUGCAUCUUGAUUACUUUCAUCUGGCUGUACUCUUUGGUCUGGGCCAUUCUGCCUUUGGUAGGCUGGGGCUACUAUGGCCCGGAGCCAUUUGGCAUCUCUUGUACAAUAGCCUGGAGCAAGUUUCACAACUCCUCCAGUGGCUUUUCGUUCAUCCUGAGCAUGUUCCUUCUGUGCACAGUCCUGCCUGCACUGACCAUCGUUGCCUGUUACUUGGGAAUCGCCUGGAAGGUUCAUAAAGCGUACCAAGAGAUCCAGAAUAUUGACAGGAUCCCUAACGCAGCUAAGCUGGAGAGGAAGCUGACAUGGAUGGCUGUGCUCAUCUCAGUCGGGUUCCUGAGCUCGUGGACACCGUACGCAGCAGCCAGCUUCUGGUCCAUAUUUAACUCCAGCGAUUCCCUGCAGCCCGUUGUGACACUGCUGCCCUGUCUGUUUGCCAAAUCUUCGACAGCGUAUAACCCUGUUAUCUACUACAUCUUCAGCAAAACUUUCCGUCGUGAAAUUAAACAAUUGCAGUGCUGCUGGGGUGGCUGGCGAGUUCAUUUCUUCGGCACCGACAACUCCACCGAAAAUCCGGUGUCGAUGAUGUGGAGUGGGAGAGACAACGUGCGUCUCUCUUUGGCUGCAAAGGUGGAGAACCAGGGAGCUGCAGCUCGCUGA